CGCUAGUCAUCGAAAAAGAUAUUACAAAUCUCUUCUCCUCACUCGGCGGCGGCGCAAACGCAAACAUACCCACCCACCAACCCACCCAAACGACGAAAAGGUGUGCCGUGUGUAGUUCGUUCAACUUGGAGCUGGUCCCGCGAACGUGAAGCGCCACUGGGUUUGUAAGCAUCGCACUGAAAAACGUGUUUCCUCCAGUGUCCACUACGAUUAGUUAGUGAAUUUAGACAAAAAAGUGUUUACUUCAGAUUUGGAUAUCUUCUUUUUUGUAUCUUCGUGUGUCUUCUUCUUUUUGACGAAUUAUCCGCGCCUAGCAAUCCCCUGCCCCUGCCGCUCCCAUGAAUUUCUUGUCAACAAACAAUAGGGUGACCAGAACAUGGUUUGAAAAGUUCUGCGAAUAUUCCUAGCCGUUCCAUUACCGACGAAACGAUUUGCAACAGCGAUAAGAGCCGGGGCAGGUCAAUUCGUUCGAUGAUUGUGAAUUUGCUGAUGAAAGCGAAAGUUAAUCGCAACAAUCAGCCAACGAUCGGAAAGGUGGGGGCUCGUUCUUAUCGAUCGCCAAGUGUACCAUAUGGUGGCAAUUAAGAUUGCGCGGACGAAGACGACCACGCGGGAGUUCGAUUGGCAGUAUCUCAAUUAGUGAUCAUCUGGGAAAGUGCAAAGUGCAUCACGUUUCCCAUUUCACUAUUCACGUGCUUCGAUAGCCAAAAAUUCACCUAACGCGACCGAGUGCCACUAUCGUUCUAGCCGAUAUCAUACCCCAGACACGUGUUCCUUUGCCAGCUCCAGCGCUGCUUCCUUCUGCCCAGUUCCUAGUUUAACUUUAGUCGUAGCCCCUCGCUUUGUGUUUGUUUUAUCACUGUAGAUAAGCAACCAGCAGCGAGCUCAAAGCUGCAGAAGGAGCGCGAGGUGGUAUAUUGUAAAUCAGCUGACCCGGCGCCUCGCUUCGCGGUUUUGUCCGUUUCAAAUCCAUUUGCGGCUCGCAACGGAUGCAUCCUCUGUUGCGUUGUUUCCUCGGUUGGCGCAACGACGUGGGAGAUUAGGACCGACGACGGCCACGGCCUGCUGCUACGGCGGUACGACAAGGCGGUUGCUUUGAUUGGUGAUUUUGAUUAUGUAAAAACGUGUCGUUCAACUGGAGGUGCUGCUGUUGGACGAUCGGUCAAGUGCGUGAGCAUCCAGUUCGUCGUGAUUUGUUCAAAGGGUCCCAAAAUACAGGACAAGGGCCGGUGCACGGUAAAGGAGGUCACAGUCAACACGUUGAUGCAUUGAAUGUGAUCAUCAGCGGAAUCAGCGCGCGGAGGGGACAAGCGGAAGCGGUGCAUUUCGUGACAAAACCGCCCAAAAGCGUGAUGUGAUGUUCCGUGUUUGAUAAUGCAAUCGAGGCCAAAGUACCGCGCGUGUGUAUUGGGCAAUUACGUGCCCUUCCAGCGUGUGACCACCGUAUGAAUCGAGUGAUGUGGUUCGCUCCUACGUUCAGUUCAAAACCACACGGAGCUUCUGCUGACGACCGGAUUAGACCGUUGUCUGACCGACCGAAGUGCAACAAGAAAAUCCCCCUCGCCCCGCGCACAAGAUGAAUGGCACAACGAGGGACCGGACUCCACGGCUUAGCAAACCUCCGGACGGAGGCUGGGGCUGGAUGAUCGUGGUAGCGUACGGUCUUGCAAACAUUAUGAUAGUACCGGUGCUGCAGAGCUUCGGAUUGAUAUUUAGAGAUACGUUUAACGAGAUUAACAUAUCGGCCACCAAAGCAUCGAUUAUCAUAAACCUCGCCUCGGCGGUUGGGAUGGCGCUGGGUCUGUUCAACGGACCACUGUUACGAAAGUACGGUUUCCGGAAGCUAGCCGUCGCCGGUGGGUUUCUGUUCUCCGCUGGUCUAAUGCUAACCUCAUCGGCGACAUAUUUUGCGCAUUUCAUCAUUACCUACAGUAUUAUCGCAUCUCUCGGUAUGGGAUUCUGUAAUUCAUCGUUUUCGCUAGCUCUUAACACUUACUUCAAGGUACGCCGUAAUAAGGCGGCCGGUAUUGCGAUGACCAUCACCGGGCUGGGCCCGAUUAUGCUUCCGCAGCUGGUCUCACUGCUACUCGGACUGUACGGUCCCCGAAAUUGCUUGCUCAUAAUCGGUGCCCUAGCAACGCACAUAAUUGCCGCCGCGUUGCUACUGCAACCGGUCAAGUGGCACGUGCUGCAGGUUGAGCGAUCGAACGAAGGCGCGGUUACUGCGAUGGCGCCUCCUCCUUCGAUUGAAGUGAUCGUUCCCAAAGAACAGGAGCAAAGUAACGGUGUACCUGUGAUCCACGGCGAAGAGGAGGAGUUUCUGGAGAAGCGAAGCGAUCGGUUCAUCAAUCACGAUGUCGAUACACAGAGUAUUUAUGGCUUUGAGUUAACCUCCCAGCUUCGCCAACGGGAAUCGUUUUCUGUCCCGCGAGUAACACAAAUGCCGAGAGCGAAGAGUGAAGUGCUUCCUCUUCCAGUCCUCCGGUGUCCCUCGGAGACGCGUUCGCUGCAGAAUGAAACUUGUGAGCGACCGUUGCGCUGGUUUCAAUCCGGAUCGACGGAAUCCGUAAAUCUCGGCAGUUCACUCGGCAUCUGGGAGGAACAUCGUAGUAAUGGUGAAGCCGGAACGGUUCAGCAGCUUCCCCGAACCACACCAUCUCAGCGGCGCUUCUCGAGCUUCAUCAACGUACGCUUUUCACCGCUGCAGAAGCGUUGGUUCGAGGGAUCAGCCGACACGGUACAUCUGAGCAGCUCGAUGAAGAUAUUUGACGGUCCAACACGCUCCGGGUCACUGACCAGUGGAGCAGCGCUCGGGAUGGAGGGCUCACAAGUCAUCGGUGGAAUGAAUCGACUUCCGGCGUUGAGCGAAAACCAGGGUCUUACGGAUGAGUCCACUCAUCUCCCAAUGAUCAUGCGACAGCUAGAAAAUACCAAACCGCCUCCCACUGCAACGUCAGAUGGGGGGCCCACCGCGUCUUCCAAACACGACAGUUUUGCCAAAAAGCUGAUCCACUUCUUCGAUCUCACACUGCUGCGAGAUAAAGUGUACCUCAACAUGAUGCUCGGCAUGUCGAUCGCCGUUUUUGCCGAGAUCAACUUUUCUCUGCUGACCCCAUUCAUCCUGGGCGAUCUGGGCUAUGGUACGCUUCAGAUAGCCUCCAUCAUGUCCACCCUAGCCGUGGCAGAUCUGUUGUUUCGCUUCAUCAGCCCGUUCGUUGGCGAUUGCCUGAAGCUUAGCCCGCGUACCAUGUACAUGUUUGCGCUCACGCUGCUGAUCGUGUUUCGGUUUAGCAUAUUGCUGGCGCGAGACUACAGGGAGAUGAUGUGUGUGGCCGUUGGGCUCGGAAUCGCCAAGGGUGUACGCUCGGUGUACAUGAGUCUCGUCAUACCGAGCUAUAUUCCGUUGGAACGGCUUCCGUCGGCUUCCAGCAUACAGAUGACGACGAAUGGGAUCAUCCUUAUGACGAUCGGUCCGUGCGUUGGAGCGUUGCGCGACUGGACCGGCAGCUACUCGAAAAGCAUCAUCCUCAUCAAUGCGUUCACCAUCGUCACGCUGCUCAUGUGGACGGCGGAGCUCGUGUACUUGCGUCGAUGCCACCGAAAGCGAUCGCCACCGCCCACCGAAACGCCCAAGGUGUUCAACUCUUCUUGAUACUCGAAACUGGUGCCACGAAAUAAAGAGAAGCAUAUAUUUAUGAGAGAGAAAACCCCAUGUUUGUUAAAAA